UCCGUGGCAGCAUAAUCAGGUUGUCAACAGCGCAUGCUGGUUUCUCCCACCGUCCAAAUGAACAGAAAGAGGAGGGUGGGACAGCUCUGCAAAGAAAAGGUUGACGGGCCGACGCUAAGAGAAAGACACAGGAUUGAUUACAAGGCCGCGCUGCCCAGUGCUUUUUCACUCUGGCAAGGUGCUUGCCUCCCCUCCCCUCUUCCGGCUACCGGCUACUCCAGUGUCUGUCUGUACUUGGAGCAAGUCCGUCCGUCAGUCCGUCAGUCAGUCAGUUAGAGGGCAAACUCCGUGCAUACGCCAUUGUGCAUUGGACUGAUUCUCGGAAAAUCAGGGUUUCUGUUCGGAUGCGAUGCGAUGCGACAGGGGAGAUGGAUUGUUUCAAGCCAUGGUGCUUAAUUAAGACUGUAGCGAUGAACUCGUUGGCAUCUUGGGAUUUGUGUUGACAACUCU